AUGUGUCCUCAGCAUCAGCAUUCCUGCGCAGGUCGCGUGUUCCUCGAGAGUGUGCACGCUGAGCUCUACAGCGACCUCGGUCUCCUGCUGGUGUUCCUUGGCGCCGUCCUCGCCCUUCAAUUCCUCUACUACGAGGUGGCGAUGCUGAAGAACCCUUCGGGCCGUUCCCUGGGCCUCCAAGUUUUCGUGGCCCUGGCAUCAUCUUCCUUCCUGGGCCGGGGACUUGGGGACUUCGGGGUACUCCUGAGACGUGUCCCGUAUGGUCCUGGAGUACUGGAAGAGCAAGGAGUUCUUCGGGCAGCUGGAGACGAGGCAGCAAGGUCUCCUGGCGUAAGAGCCAGGCUAGCAGGUGAUCGGCACGCGAUUCUGAGCGCGAUGGCAUGGGUCCCGCUGCGGGAGCUGCUGCAGCUCCGUGCACACAAAGGUCAGUUGACGCCCGAAGGGAGACAAACGAGUGACGACUUGCCUGUGCAGCAGCUAGUGGACAAGUAUUUUGGGCAGAUGCUGCGCGCUUCGUCACGCAAACUCUUCUUUUACGACCCGGCCAGCGAUGUCGUGUGUCAGAGGCAUUACUGUCGUAUCGCAUAUAGAGAUUUCCACACUACAGAGCUUCGUACUCCACCCUUGCAUGUGUGCAUGGAUUCCACUGUUCUUGGCUUUUCUAGCACCACGUCGCUUCAUAAUGUGGAAGAUGAGGAGAAGUUCUAG